ACAGCUUGAAAAGGUCAAUUAGAGGAUGAAUCACUGCAUUCCCGAUUUUGAAAUGGAAGACCAUAGUUCAAUCCCUUCAAUUUCUAGAUUAAAUCGCUUUAAAAAACCAUCCAUGCCAGAAGAUGAAAUCAUGGAGCUAUUGUGGCAAAAUGGUCAAGUUGUUGUGCAAAGUCAGAAUCAAAGAUCUUUGAAGAAGCUACCGCCGAUCAAAUUCCACGACGCCGACCAACCAGGUUCGAAAGAGAUCCGAUCAUCGUCAUCUCAUCAUCAGCAACAACAACAGCAACAGCAAUCCGUUACUGAUCAUCUCUUCAUGCAAGAAGAUGAAACGGCUUCAUGGCUUCACUAUCCUCUCAGUGACGCUAACUUCGACAAAGAUUUCUGUGCCGAUCUCCUCUAUCCUUCCUCCUCCACCGCCGUCGCCCCCUGCGCUACCUCCACCGCUCCUCCUCCAUCACUAGGAAGAGUUCCUCAACUUUUGGUUUUGGCUUCAGCUACGGCUAUGGCGCCAGCUCCUAGGCCACCGAUACCACCGACAAAGAGGAAAGGGUUGGAGUCGACGAGGAUCCUGAACUUCGUUAACUUCUCCAAGCAUAGAACGGCGAGAGCGGAGCAAUCUGGACCGUCGAAUUCGAAGAGUGUAGUAGCGAGGGAAUUGACAGUCGUUGAUUCCUGUGAUACUCCGGCGAUGGAUCCCGAAUCGGGAGCCUCUCAAGCUAUGCCGAGCUGCACCGAGGAAGCAUCAGGCGGGGACAACAACAAUACCUGCGCCAACAUGAGCGGCGCUAUAGCUGCCAACACGCAAUCAGCUGGUGCCAGUUUAGGUGCCAGCAAAGACAAUUUAGCCACGUGCGAAGUCAUGGUGACAUCAUCACCUGGCGCCUCCAGUGCCAGUGCUGAACCGACGGCUCAGAAGCCUGUCCAAGCUGAGGACCGGAAGCGUAAAGGAAGAGAACCGGACGACGCCGAAUGUCACAGUGAGGAUGCUGAGUUUGAAUCCGCUGACAAAAAGAAACAAUCGCGUGGAUCCACAUCCACGAAAAGGUCCCGUGCUGCAGAGGUCCAUAACCUCUCGGAGAGGAGACGCAGAGAUAGGAUAAAUGAAAAGAUGAGAGCUUUGCAAGAACUUAUUCCUCGUUGCAACAAGUCAGACAAAGCUUCAAUGCUGGAUGAAGCAAUUGAGUACCUGAAGUCACUUCAGUUGCAAGUUCAGAUGAUGUCCAUGGGUUGUGGCUUGGUCCCAAUGAUGUUUCCUGGUGUUAAACAGUACAUGCCGGCAAUGGGAAUGGGAAUUGGUAUGGGCAUGGUCAUGGAUAUGGGAAUAAAUCGGCCAAUGAUGCCGUUUCCGAACGUUUUGGCUGGCUCAGGUUUGCCAACAGCACCUUCUGCAGCUCAUUUGGAUCCAAGGUUUCCUAUGCCAGCCUUUCAUAUGUCACCACAAGUUCCAGCUCCUGAUCCAUCAAGACUCCAACCAAACAAUCAGUCAGAUGCCAUGCUGAACCCACUUGGCAUGCAAAACCCAAACCAGGCACGGAUUCCGAAUUUUGCUGAUCCUUAUCAGCAGUAUAUCGGACUUCAUCAGAUGCAAUUACAACCUCCACAGUGUCGAGCAAUGGCUCAGCCAGGCUCAAGUAAACCGAGUACCGGUAAGGGACAUGAGAAUGUUGAAAAUCACCCAUCAGGUGAUAUGGCACAAUAGCUCCAGCGUCUCAGCUGGCUAAAAUUUACCGGCUACUUUCAAACUGAUAGCAGAUAUCGAGAUCCGAAUUCCGGUCAAGGUGUUGCUUGUUUAUUCCUUUUACUCCGCAGCAUACAAUGUCAAAGAGAGUUCAUGUGCAUUGCAGGUUGAUAAUUCAAGCGUGGAUGAUUCCCGAAAGGUUCUUACUUAACCUUUCUACAGUUUUGUAGCAUAAGAGAACAACAUCCUGUUUGAGAGAAACCUUUUUUUUCUCACUUAUCUAACUUGUUGCAACUUAUAACACAUCUAACAUGUAAUAAUUGCACUACCAUAGAAAUAGUUCCAUACGCUCAAGUUUCACUC